AUGACGGAGGCAGAACUGCUUGCUGCCGCUGUUGACGAGCUUGCGCUCGAAGGAGAGCAUGGUGCAACGUUUUCUGAGCUCCUCCUUCUUCUCUCGAGGUCACACUCGGAGUUUUCCAUAGGCGACCUCCAGUUCCAGGCAGCCUUAUGGAGAGCACUCUACAACAGCCCGCUUGUCUUAUUUUCCCUUGUAGAGGAUGGUGAGGGCAGGGAGAAGCUCUGCAUGUCGGCGAGAGGGCAGCCGGAGACACAGCUUUUCCCAGAGGACAGAGACGGGCAUGGGGUUCCGCGCCCCUCCGAAUCGUCCGCUGCAGUCGAGGCGCCAGGAGACGGCCGGCACCCCAAGAAAAUGAGCGGGCGAUCGGCGGACGCGAGAUGCCGGCGGGGCGUUGGCCUCGUUGGGCAGCGCGGAGAAGAAGGGACGGAGGAGUCAGACUCAACAGACGACGGUGUAUCCGGCAGCCGCCGGAAGAAGAAGCAGGGCGGAACUGACGGUGAUACUGUGUGCGAGAAAGAGCGGAAGAGGCGCGGGGGGACGGGGUGGAAGGGGAACGGUGAAGGCGAAGCAGAGGUUGAAGAGAGCGAUGCAGGUGCAGAUGGGGAGCACGCAUGUGGAGACGAGAGCUUGUCCCGCUGGCGCUUCUCGGUGAGUGCAUCCGUCCGCCUCCGUGCACUCGGCGUCCCGUUCUCGCCCUUUCUUGACGAAGAAGAAAUUGAGAAAAAGAUGAAAGAGGUGCCCAUGAUUCUGCUUCAAGCCAUCACGAAACAACGCUAUGCGGGGCACUGGCAAUAUCAGCUUGCCAUCGAUUUAGGUUUGCCGCCGAAAACUGUGUUUCACCACUUGAAGCCGCUAUAUCGUCAGGGACUAGUGACACACAUGCAGCUUCCUCUGCCCGCGUCUGCACGUCCGUCCUCCUUCUCUGCCAAAGGCACUUCCAACCUGACCAUGUCGGCUCUCCUGUGGCAUUACCGGUUCUUCGACUUCUCUCGCAUGCCGCGACAAAUUCAAGCAACUGUCUCCCUCCAUCAUCUGAAGCCUCUCGAGCACCAAGUCGUCGAAAUGUUAAAGGAAGCGCCAAUGCAUGCCAUGCUGGAGAGCGAGAUUCACGCCUUCUGCUUAAAUGCCUUCACCACGUCUGAGCGGUUUGCGCUUGUAUCCUUCACGGCCAAGCAGUUUCGGCGGCUGUACCAGAAGCUCCGUGGCGAGCUGAUGCGGUCAAGACACGUUCGGCGCCUUCGGGCGUGGUGCCCGCAGACGCAGAAGUUUGAGAAGUGCCUCUGCCUAUGUUCCGCAGCUUCGGCCUCCCCGCCAGCAGAAUCUGUGAAAGAUGAAGAGCGCGGCGAGAGGCAGUGUAGUGCCGAGGUGCGGAACAUCGGCAGCAGCGAGCCUGGAGAAGGAGCGAGCGACCCCAGCGCUGCGGGCGGGAACGACUCUCUAUCCCUCCCCGUGGAUCGCGUCAAGCAAGAACGUGUGUCUGCUUCUCCUUCGUCGGGUUCCCCUGGUUCGCUUCCGCGGUCGCGAAGAGACCCAGAUGCCGACGGGAGCGCCGAAGGCCUUACGGGAGAAGGCGAGUCAAAGGGCGGAGAAGACGAGGAGCCUGAGGGAGACGAGGGUGCCUCCAGCAUGCUGGUUUGGGAACUGCCUCUGGCGGACCAGGUGGUCAUGCUGCUCGAGGCGAGAGGCAGUGCUGGGCUCCUUUCCAUUGAGGUUGCGCGAUACAUCGGCACCGACAACAAACGAGCGGGGAAGAUCUUUGCAGAACUUGAGCGGCGGCAGCGUGUACGGAAGAUCGCGGAGCGGCGGGGCCGGUGCUUCAUGUACCGAUACUUUUCUUCCUCGUUUUCCGAAUCAAGUGUCUCGUCUGCGGCUUUUGAGCAGCCGGGUCUCCUUGCCUCUCAGACGGCCUCAGCUGUGGCGCCUCCCAGAGACGCCUGCGGAAGUCAGCAACUCACCGGCGGGGCGGAGGGCCUUCCUGGAACGCCCGGAGAGGCACGCGCGCAAGCGACGAGUGGAGAGACACGAUCUGCUCCCGGCUCGCCUUCGUCACUCUCGCCGGCUACAGUGAACGGCGGCCUCGCUUGCGAAACGGAUGAGGCAGCGGCGCAGACAGGAGAAGGCAAGCCGCAAGGAGGAGCAGGCAGCGGGGGCAGCGGACGCCGACGUCGCGGCCAUAUCGUCAACUCAGGCGGUGCGCUCUCACGAGAUGGUCGAGCGUCGUUUGCUCCUUCGGCGUCUCCUCCUACUCUGCCUGAUUCGUCGCUUGCCUGUCAAGGCGGCGACGGAAGGCGCACCAGACGCUGCGACAGGGCUCCGGCCGAACCCGCCUCUCGUGCUUCCCAACCCGGCUCAUCUGCUUGUAGCGCGGAAGGACAAGAGCAUGUGGCACCUGCCCUGGAAGACACCUCACUUGCUGAGAGGGCUCUCCAAUGCAGUGUUUCGUCGUCCGCGUUAUCUCCGAUGCCCUCUCCGUCUGCGCGGGGGCCUGCUCCAGGUUCUGCCGACUCCGCGCAUCUAACGUGGAACGCGGGCGCGGCAGCAGCUAGUGGGUCCGGGUCAAAACUGGGGCCUGCUGGCUCCACUUCGUCUCUGCAAGGCGCUACAAGCAGUGCGCUGCCGUCGGCAACUGCGGCGAGCAGCCUUGGACACAAACCAGAGGACUUGGCUGCGUCGCUGUGCCUCGGCAAAAAUCAGAUACGAAAGCUGCGCACGCCCCAGUUCGAGCGGCGGCUCUGUCUUUUCAUUGAGCACCUGCAAACUGAGGGAUGCGCUACGAUCCCUGCCAUAUCCAAAGUCCUCGCCAAAGCCGAAGCGUCAGUCAACGGGCCAGACAGAAAAACCAUUCAACGAAUGGCGGCGAUCGCCAUGCAGGCCGAGCCCCGAGUCGCGAUGGGAGGGGUGGUGAAGCCGGAGGACAGGGAGAAAGAGAAGAGGAAAGAUGAAGAAGAUCUCCUUAGGCCAGAAGCGGAGGAAGACAAAGAGGAGAGAACCAGAGGCACACAGCGGCGCGUUGGGACCGAAGUCGUCUUCUACUAUUGGAGGGAGACGUUAACAGAGGAGCAAGCUUACAGGCGGGUUGCUGAAAUGAUCACAGCGCGGCGGAUUCAAGGCUGUCGUUUGGCUGUUCAGAGGAAUGAACGGCUCCUCAGUGGCCUGCUCGAAGACCAGAUGGCGGGAGAGAAGCGGACCGGCGAGAAGGCGGAACAACGGCGAGCGCUGGAAGAGGAGAUUGUGAAGCUGCAGAAGCUCGAGGAGAGAAGCAAAAUGCACGCCGGGACCGACGGAGAAAGACAAGGCGGACGAGGGCGAGGCAUGCCGUUCACCAUGCAGCCGGAGCAAGUGCAAGUUUCGCCUGUCUUACAGGUUGUGGCGAAGCAUCGCCUGAGAGGUGACAGCGCCUCGCUCCACGCCGGCGGGGUUCUGCAGUUCAGUCAGAAGACCCUCGCGUUGUACGGCUUCCUUUUUCCCGUCAUGGUUCGCGUCAAAUGCCUCCACCAGUUCCUGCUCCAACUGCUCGCGAGCGUGAAGCAGGCGUCUUCGCCCGAUUCCUGUCCUACAUCUCCUUCACCGUCUCCUCGUCCUGUCCCAGCAGCAGACAUCCGUGACAGUGGAAUGACGCUCGCCUUCAUGCUCCGAAGAAUGCCGCUGGAGAUCUUCCUUCGGACGAUUGGCUGCGGCUAUCGAGUGAAAUUCCUGGACAAGCACCUCUCGGCGCCGCAUGCGCCGCUGCUUCUUAUCGAGGACUUACCGCGCGCUGUGUUCGACGUCCUCAUUCUCUCCAGUCGGCAGCUUCACCUCAAGCGCCAACGCCAGCAGCCGCCGACCCUGCCGCUCACCGGAAAUAACAAGCGCAGCGCGCCCGCUGCUCUGCGGAGGCUUCUUGCUAUUCUGUGCCGCAUGGGGCUCGUCGGCGUCUCAUGCGCAUCCGCCAACUCUGGAGCGACCGCGGGGGACAGGGAAGGCGGAGACCAGAAGGCGCGCAGGCCGUCAGCUGGGGACGAAGACAAACCGACGAAUGAAGACGCCGCUGCUGACGUAGCCGCCGCACCGGCUCGUUGGCAGGUGUUCGACGUCGUCGCGCUUCCGGCGUUCGUUUCCGAGAAGGAUCCGCCGGAUGCGGCCGGUGUCUCGUACCCUUCUCCGUCGCGCGGGACCUUCCACCUUCUCUCGCCGGGGGCCUUCGAGAGUUUCUGGGGCGAGCUGCAGAGCGAAGUCGCGCGCUGGAUUCACUUCAACGCGCCGCUGCCUUCUUCGUCCCUCUCCGCCCUGCCUACGGCCGCGUCUGGUGACAGCCGCCCACGCAAAGGCGCGGGCGGAAGUUGCAGCGAAGAGAAGGCAUGCACAGGCGGGGCGAACGGACACAACGCAGAUGACGACACAGAGGCGCUAGAAGGGACUGCCGCUGCAAAGGGCGAGGACGACGGGGAGAAGGGCUGUAUUAUGAGACUCUGCAGGCCGAAGGUUCCUCUACCCGCCAACUUCCCCGUAGCGGAGGCGUUCAGCAAGCGGAACUGGAAGGGACAAAUUCUCCUCACGCCGUAUCUGCGAGCGGAGCUCGACGCAUUUGCAGGAACCAUCCUGGAGCGCUACAGCGAAGCCGGGGGUGAAGAGUUAGGCCGCCUCGUUUUCUCACAUCACAGUCCCGAAGUUCAGAAUCUCGCCACCAGGCUGCGAAUCCCGACGGAUGUGGUCUUGCGGUUUCUGAUGCGUCUCUUUGAGACGCGAGGCGGCAUUGGCUGCGGAUUCCAGAGCCUCGCUUUCCACCUGCCAGACUUUGUCGCCUCGAGCCGGCGGGCGGAGGACGAGGACGAUCAGGAAGACUCCGACGUCGAUGGAGGAACCGAAGGCGGGGGACGAGACCGCGCGAAGCGGCGAAGGACUGGCACCUACAGCUUCGGUCAAGGCGACGGCGGCGACGGAAGCGGGGACGAGGCGAGAGCCGAGAGGCACAGGAGAGUCGACGAGGAGCGAGCAAGAGAACACGAAAGGAAUCUGCUUGUCGGCAAGCGCCUCGUUUUACUCCACCGAACCAGAGACGUGCGCUUCCGGUGUCACCUGUGCGGCUGCCUCUACAGCCUGAUCAGGGCUUUGAAGCAGCAUUACGAGAAAAUACACAAAACUGACCUGCCGGCGGACUCCGAUGCAUAUGUUCUGCCGUGGGAAAAAGAGAAACGGAAACAAAAGGUACAGCAGGCUCAGGAACAGAGGCAGCUGGCGCUUGCGUUUCGUCGCAGGCGAAAGCAAUGCAGAGGAGACGACUCGGGCACGCUGCUGCGUCCGGCAGGGCUUUUUGGCGGUAUGCGGUCUCUUGACAGAGAAGGAUUUCGCUCGAAGCAGGAUGAGGAUGACGGCGAGGACCUGUCGUCGGGGGUCCAGCAGCGUACUGGGGAAGGCGAACUGCACGAUUCGGCGUCUCUCUGGUCUCGCGAUAGGCCCCGCAGGGGCACUUCCGCCGCAAGUGCGACGACAGCAGGCCUUCUCUCCGCGGCCAUUCAGCGGUUCUUACGGACGAUGCGGAAAGAGGACGAAUUUGUGUUUGUCGCCGCGAGCGUCGUGGCGGAGCGACUCUUCGUCGCAGCGCAGCGCCUCGCCCUGGUGCGCGGCGGGUUCGAAGUCGACUGCGGCGACGAAAGAGAGGCACACCCAUGCGCGCCGGCAGCAGCUGCUUCUUUGCCCGGGUUGGCCUCGGCGUCGGUUGCCUCUCCGUCUCCAGCGUCUUUUUUUGGCAGCGGAGUAGCGAAGGGCGAAGACGCCAGCAUCAGUGGCGCUUUUGGAGUCGACGGGAGAACACUGCCUGCCGCCUCGCAUCCAGUCUGGAAGAUCCUUUGCGCGCUGUGUAGCUCCUCGCUGGAGCCUGAAGCGUGCAUGCACAUUUUCUCAUUCUUGAUGCUGCGACGCCCCGUAAACCACCGAGCAUUCAACAACUGCCGGCGUUUAGCGGGUUUCGACCUUCGAAGCCACGUCAACGCGUGCCGCGUCCCUUCUCUCCUCGACAGCCGCGCGCUGGCGAUGGAGCAAGAUGGAGGCGCGUCGCCCCGCACACCUGUCGCUGCUGCGGAUGCGUCUCUGUUUCGAGAGACUCAGCGCUCUGCGCUUGGCACAAGUUCGCCCCUUCAGGGCGGGCGAUGGCAAGAGGAGGAACCUGGGAAUUUGCUUUUCCGCUCGCCUUCGCCGCCCUCCUCCUGGGGAGUUUCAGCGGGCGUCCGGAGUCGCCCUUUAUCGUUGGCCUGUCGGCCGCUCAACUGCCCGCGCGUGGUGUUGGCGCGAAAUGUGCUGAAGAUGAUCUUGUUCACGCCCCUGAGUCACUACCGCCCUUACGCAGCCUUCGAGGCUGCUCAGGAACUGCGUGAGCGGGAGUGGAAGGCUGUGUGGCGUCUGUGGAGCCUCCGCGGCUGGGUCACACAAGUGAAGCAGCCGCUGCCGCACCACCUCCUGCCUCCCAGAAAUCAGUCCGCACCUCCGUCGCGGAGUUCAAGACGCGAGCGCGAGAGAAGGUCGGGGCCAACAGACGGCGGGGAGGAUGGCUCCGAGGAGGACGACAAAGCGGGCAACGGAGACCGGAGCGACAGGAGGGACGGGGGAACGCGCAAGUCACCGUUGCAUGCGCUUCUUGCUGCGAAAUGCAGGAGGAGCUUCUCGCUCAGCGCCGGCGCGCGCGUAGCCCUCUUCGGCAAGCUGCGCAGUCUGCGGUCGCUCUCUGCUUGCCUCCGCGCGAUCCUGGAAAACGGUGAGAGCGACGAACGAGAAGGGAGAGACCGCGGGGACCCUAAUUCCGGAUCGAGGUCACACGCUUUUUUGACUGCUGGUGAUCAAGUGCCCCUGCCGCGUGCCGGACCACAGAGAACCGCGAGAGACGACGCCGAGGUGGCGGCACACGAUGCACACGGUCUUAGCCUCCUAAGACGCGAAGACGAUGAGACUCGUCGCGGCGAUGCGGUUGCUCUCCAUGCUGGCGAGAAGGGCGCGAGGCAAGCGACGGCUCAAAGUUCCUCUUCGUCUGCUGGAAUAUCUUGGAAGGAAAUCAGCAGCGUUUCUCUGGGCGUCUCGCCGGCUUCUGCGCUAAUUCUGUUGGAGCGCAUGGCGCAAGAGGACAUCUUGCUUCUCCCGGCCUGGGGAGAAGUGGGAGGAGUGCCGUCUUCUUUGUUUCAAGAAGGGCGCUCGGGCAGUGCGGGACUGGAGCACGAGAAGACGGAGGACGGCAGGGGAAAGCGGGAUCCGGUGGAAGACUACUAUGCGAGGGUAUACGGACACCCCGUCCCGCGAGGAGCCAAACGACCGCGGACGCAAAAGGGCACCUGGCUAGAAAAGGGUACAGACCAGUGCUGCGUGGAAGACGAAGCUGCAGCUUGCAGGUUUGACGCAAGCGUCCAAGAGAAGAUGUGUGCAGCGGAGCCGCAGCCCGCCUCGUUGACGGAGGCGAACGCGGGACGCAGCUGCGGCGAGGCCGACGGAGACCAGCAGAGAGAAGCCAAAGGAGAUGCGGAGACCGCAGGAGACGAGGCAGCGGACGAGGAGGCGGCGGACGCCGAUCAGAUUCUUGACGAUGUAGGGAUUUUCACGAGCGACAUUUGCUCCCUUCUAUUUGCAGGCGCUCCCGCAUCAGAUGUUUAUGCUGCGCGUGGGAAGAAAACGCAACACUCGCGAUUGGAGUUUCCUUGGCUCUUUGUGCACCUUCUCUGA